AAGAUAUAAAGAGGAACUUGUUGAAUUUUUUAAGGAUGAACUUCGUAUAAUCAUUAAUCCUUUUGAAUUUGUUAUUGUUGAAAAAUUGAAUGCCGUAUUAGAAGUUUUUAAUAACGCAACUCUUACUUUUUCCCAUGUUUACCAACCAACUACAAAUACAUUUUUUAAAGAGUGCAUUACAAUCGCAACAUGUUUUCGUGAAAGUAUGGCUGAUCCAGAUUUGUACCCUUAUGUCUCUCCUAUGAGAGAUAAAUAGUGUACUUAUUAUUUGUACAUUCCUAAAAUUUAUAAAAUAGUCCUUAAACAUCGAUACCAUUCCACAUUUAGUCAUCAAUCUACUCUUCUGUCUCAAUGCUAUUAGACAAAGAUUAAACGCGAAAUGACACUCAAUUAAUAAGGAACACAAAGAUAAUAUUUCAGAAAUAUGGACUAAACAUGAAAAACCUCAUAUUAGAAAUGAUCAUUUAGCGUUUAACAAAGGCGAGGGACUCUCUCUUCUCUCCAACGGCGAAGAAGAAGUGAAGACCUAAGAAAAAUCACGAUUCCCCAGAAGUAUCACUGAAAUCGACGACUGGAAAGGAAAUCUCACCGUCUCAGUCAAGUGGAAUUUCUGGGAAAGCUGGAAGCGCCAUGAAUACACCAAGCGGAAACGAUCCAAAACAAGGACUGGAAACUAGAUCACCGGAAUAUGAAUCUGGCCAGGAAAUUCUGGUGAACCAAGAGGAUAAAGAAGAUGAUAACAAUAUAAUCCAGAAAGUGCCAACUUACGCUGAAGUGUUGAGAUCUGAUGAGGUACAAGUAGAUCUAUCGUUCUUGCAAUAUGAUGAAAUAAAUGGACAGAGGGUAGCUAGAAUCACAGAAGAAGAUAUUAUUGUUAGUGAAGGCAUUUGGGAUUGUGCUAUUAUCUGUUGUGUGCUUGGUGCAAACCCUCCGCUCGAGGUUAUGAAAGGAUUUAUCACACGUAUUUGGAAGGAUUUUGAGGUGGAUGAUAUUAGCUUCCAUAAGGAAGGACAAUUUAUUGUGCAUUUUAAGAGCUCGGAGAAAAGGGAUGAAGUAGCGAAGAGGAAAUAUUACUAUUUCGACAAUAAACCAAUGAUGGUGCAGAAAUGGCACCCUGGGACUCAACUGAAUUUAAUGGAGCUGAAUAUGUUCCAAUCUGGGUCCAAUUCCCUGGAUUGGAUGUUAAAUAUUGGAGCCUCUCAGGUGCAUCAAGACUUCCCAGAUACUAUCAAAUUUGUGGACAAUGGGGGAAGAGUGAUUGAACAGCCUGUAUCUUAUGAAUGGAAGCCAUCAAUAUGCUCAAAAUGUGGUAAAAUGGGUCAUGUUGGAGAGCACUGUAGGAAGAAAGAGGGCAGACUGGAGAGAGUUAUACAAAAGAAGAUAUGGAGGCCAAAGAUCAUAGUGAAUGAUAACACUGUUGACAGAACUAUUGAAAAUACCCCAAGGCAGGAACCAAUGGCUGAGGAUAAUACACCAGCCAAUGCAAGAGACAAGAAUGAGGAUAAAGAAGAGGAGGCAGGAUUCAAACUGGUCACUGGAAAGAAGGCAGCAAGAAGGUUAACCAUAGAAGAUUUGAUAAACCAAGAACAGCCAAUAAGGGAAUCCCCUUAUGGUCACUACCCAUUUCUUCAAUGAUAGUAUGUUGGAAUGUGAGAGGGCUCAACAGCCAUAACAAACAAUGGGAAGUUAGAAAUAUAGCUGAUAAAUAUAA